UCUCUCCCUCCUCCCUUGCUGUUCGGGGAAAGAACCCUGCUUCUAGAAGAAAUUGAGAUUUCCAGAAGAUUGCUAGCUUGAUACCCAUCGGGCAUGACCCAAGUUCUGAAAGCGUCAUAACUGGGGUGGGUCCUGACCCCAGAACCCCAGCCAGCUCUCUCCUCCAGAGCCCACCCAGGGAAUGAGUGCAACUGAGGCCAAAGCUUGGUCAACGUCUGCACAACUUGUGGGUCAAUCUGGAGCCCUUUGCUGUCUUUCUUGUCCUGAACAGAAGCCCAAUGUUGGCAGCGCUGCCCAAUAUAGAAUGCCCAAAGUUGGCAUUCUAUAUUGGCCACUGACUUCAAUCCUGGAGGUCAGCUGGAGAUCUGGGGACGCGCCACCACAGAUGAUGGGGAUGAGGCAGCACCCAGAGCGAGGAGAAGCACCGUAGAGCCCAGGACUUGCAUGGGGCCAGAGGCCAGGGCUCAGGGAGAGAGGUCAGGACCGGCCUCUGCAGGCUGCAGAGCGCGGCCUCGGCGCAGGUCAGGGCUCCGGCCGGCCGGGGAUUUCCUUUCAAAGGUGACUUAGAGCCGCUCCAUUAGGAUAGCGCCCUCCCGGGAGGGCCCUAAUGGCGAGUUUGGCAGAGUCAGCGAAACGCGGCGCCCAGCGGCUCGGGCGGCGGGGGAGCGCCCUCUCCCGCGCCCUCUCCCUCUCCCGCGCCAGGCCGGGCAGCGGCGCGCGCGGGGCCAUUUGCAGCACAGGCAGCCUCACGAGCAGCCGCGGCGACCCGGCCGGGAGGGCGGCGGCAUCAUGGAGCUGAAGAAGGAGAGCAACGCUGUGGCCAUCGACAUGCUGCUGAUCGUGCACCCCGAGAAGCUGCGCGCCGCACAGGGCACGCGCUCGGACCCACCGGCGGAGCCUGACGCGCGCCUGCAGCGCGGAGGAGGACUCCAGGGUGUUGGAAAUGGGAUCCAGAAAUGGCAGAAAUUAGAAGGAAAUGACCUGCAUGGAAACCUGGCAGAGAAGCAGCACCCUCAGCAGCCCCAGGUCUUCACUUCCUACGACAACCAAGGGACGCAGCUGACCGUGGAGGUCCACCCUCGAGAUGCCAUGCCCCAGUUUCUCAAGAAGUUCUCCUUGGCUAAACGCUUACAAGGUGAUAAAAAUGGAAACACAAGACCCCGGCAGCCUGGAAACAAAGAUGCCCAUGCCUACCCUUGGGACCGGUCCAGCUUAAAGUCCAUGCCCCUGGACCCGCAGCAGUUUGAAAAACUGGACACCUACGCCUCACAGGUAACUGUCAAGAGUGGCCUGGAUGAACUGGUGAGUGACCUGCUCCAGGAGGCCCACAGUGAUCUGGAAAGGGUCCGAGCCAUCUGGAUCUGGAUCUGCCACCAUAUAGAAUAUGACAUUGAGGCUGCCCAGGAGAAGGACCGCCAGGCCUUCAAGCCCACUGACAUCCUGCGGACCCAGAAGACCAAUUGUGAUGGCUACGCUGGCCUCUUUGAAAGAAUGUGCAGGAUUGCUGGCGUUCAGUGCAUGACAGUUCCUGGCUACUCCAAGGGCUUCGGCUACCAGAUGGGACAGAGCUUCUCAGGAGAAUUUGACCAUGCCUGGAACGCCGUGUACCUGGAGGGAAGAUGGCACCUCCUGGAUAGCACCUGGGGCAGCGGCCUGGUGGACAAGGCCACCUCAAAAUUCACUUUCCUCUACAACGAAUUCUACUUCCUCACCCAUCCCGCACUGUUCAUUGAGGACCACUUCCCAGACAACAAGAACUGGCAACUGCUAAAGCCCCCACAGUCUCUGCGGCAGUUUGAAAACAGCAUGUAUCACAAGAGCGAAUUCUACAACAAGGGGAUGCUGAGUGCCCAGCCGGAUGUGUCCAUGAUCAAAACAGUGAACGGGAAGGCUACGAUCACCAUUGAGAGCUGUGCCCCCACGCUGUUCAUGUUCAUGCUCAACGGGAAGCAGGAGCACGGGCUCCUGAGCCUCCGGAAGAACGGGAUGAAGCUGGAGAUCUACCCACCCACCAUGGGCACCCACAAGCUGCAGAUCUUUGCCAAGGGCAACUCAGACAUCUACAGCUCAGUGCUGGAGUACACGCUCAAGUGCACCUUCGUAGACCUGGGGGUCCGGCUGCCAGCUGAGCUACACCAGCCCGUGGGCCCCAGCUGGUUCUCGGAGCAGAUGGGCAUCGUGAAACCCUCUCACCCUGACCCUGUCAUCCAUACCAGGGAUGGACGCUGCUCUAUCAGCUUGGGUGUGGAGGAAGGCAUCAGCGUCCUGGCUUCCCUGCACGGAGACGAUGGCCCCAUAACCGAGGAGACACAGCGGCGCUAUGUCUUCCAAGUGCAUCGGGAGAAGCGGAUUGAGCUCAAAGUCCAGCUGCCCCACGCCGGCAAGUUUGCCCUCAAGAUCUUUGUCAAGAAGAGGCAGGAGCCAGGCAACUACAUCUUUGUCUUCAAUUAUCUCCUGUGCUGUACCAACACCAAGGUGAACUGGCCCAUGUUCCCUGAGAGCUUCGGCAACUGGGGACAGGACAAUGAGCUGCUGGAACCUCUGUCCGGUGUGCUGCCCGCCAACCGGAAUGUCCCAUUCAAGCUGAAGCUGCAUGGAAUCGCCAAAGCCCUAGUGAAAGGGCAGGACACAUGGCCGCUGACCCUGAACCACGAGGGCUACUGGGAAGGCAGUUGCAGCACAGCUGGCUGCCAGGAGGUCUACGUCAUGGUGCUGGAGAACGCCAACCAUAACUUCUACUCCUACAUCCUGAAGUACAGAGUGAACACCCAGUGAGGGCCUGGCCCCUCCUGCCCUUCCAGAGGGCCAUGGGCAGCCCUUCCCAGGAGAGGCCAUGUGCAGGAAGUCCUGGGCACCACUGAGUCUGCAUGAAACCAUUUCUAGGUCUCCACCUCCGUCUCCCUGCUCUAUCGCAGGUGCUGAGGUGUUUGUGUUCUAAAGGCUUCCUUCAGCAUGGCCAAGGCUGAGGGGACAGAGGUGAAGGCCCUUGGAAGGAAAAGGUGCUAUGUAAAUCCAAGGUAUUGUGAACUGUACACCCAUGCCCAGAUGCCCCCUUUUUGUGCAAACUUUGUUACCAUAGAUAGGGUCGAUGUGGGAAAGCAGGGAUGUUAUCUGAGCUGAAAGACUUCCCUGUGAUGCUCAGAGAAUUCCCCAUGCCCCAGAGGCACAUGACAUGUAAGGCUGCGUCUCCCCCGAUCACGGAGCCCCUUCCAAGUGGCACACGAUGUCUCUGCACAUCUCCUGGACUCCAGGGAAGGACAGACCUGACUGUCUUACAAGUGCCUGCUGCCUCUUCAUUAGCCAUUUCUUGCUCUUCAGGAGCCCUGGGGGAGAACAGGUGUGAGAGGAAGCUAGCUGAUGCCUAGCAGCGGGGAACUGUGACAGCAAAAGCAGAGAGCCGCCAGGGCGGGCUGGUGGGUAUGCUGAGGGGCAGGGCAGUGACACUUGGCGGUCCUGCAGUCCAGUCUAACUCCCCCGACUCAGGCCUGCAGGAGCACACAGGGCAGUGGUCCAGCCUCUCGGGCCCAUGCCUGAGGCCUGGCCUUUCCUUCCCAGGAGCCUCUAGGGACUGGUGAGACCUGUCAGGAGCCUGGUGAUAAAGCUCAAUAGAGGCCAGGCCAGGAGGCCAGGGAAUGAGAUGAGGAGAAGUGUGAUUAGAGCAGUGUUCAGGAGAGUUACACGGGCCACUGCCAGCCCCAGAGUCCCUGCUAAUGAAGCCGGGCUGAGGGACCUGUGUGCUCUGGAGCAGCUUUAGUGCCAUGGUUGAAAAAAAAGUCCUAUCCCAUCUCCUUUCCUUUCUAGAAAUGAGAGUCCACCCACGCAGAGGGGACAGUUGUUCUGGGGGACAGUUGGGGCCCUGGCUUGCACAGGCCAGUCCUAAGAAGCCCCGGCUACCCAGCUGGCCCCAGGAAGUCCCUGAGACUGGUGUUGCCAUGGCAACAAUGGGAGGUGGGCUGAGUGAGGACAGCAGAAAGGGAAGGGCUGAGAGAGGCCUUUCAAGGACAAUGCACCAGCAUCCUGACAUAUGAACACACUCUGGGGUAGUCCGGGCCGAACCCCUGGAGUCCUCGGUUCUGUCACCACUGCCUGUCUCAGAGGGCCUGAUGCUGAGAGCCGGCCAUACCCAAACCUCUCCUGACAGCCCCUCCACGUGGCCCCAGGCUCAGCAGCAGUGAAAGCCAGCCUGGCCCGCUCAUCCCUUCCCUCUCUCACCCAUCUUCAUGUCUGUGCAUUCAGGGGAUGCUUAUGUCACACAGUAAGUGCCAAAUGCUAUGCUAGAGCUUGGUAGGACCCAACUUCCUCAUGUGAGGUGCUGCCUGGGGUGCCGUGUUCCCUGCUCUAUGUCCAACAUGCUUUGAUAGGAGCCACCUGCCACCAACUCACUCAGCCUGAAAAACACACAAAGGCCAAGAGACAUAACCACUAUGCCCAACCACAAGGAAAUAAGGGCAGUGUUUACACCCAGAAAACAGCCCUCUCUCACACAUAGGAUUUUAAGGGCAGAAAGGAGCCUGCUGAGUCGUAUCAAAACAAGUGAUUUCUAAGGCUCGUGCCACUGCUGGAGCCAUCACAACAGCCACACAUCACCCUGCAGAAGACAACACACGCCUUUCUAAAACACUGUCAUUAAUAAGUCCAUCUUGGAGCAUGCAGAGCACACCACCCAGCAAAGAGGAGCUGUGCCCGGCACCGAAAGGGAACCCCAGCGCUAGAAACACCGCAGGGCACCUUCAGGCCCUUUCUUGCUCAUUUAAUCAGGCACCCCCUUUGUAAAGACAGCUGUAGGCACGGUUAGGAAAUCACCUGCUUUUCUUUCCACUGAAGUAAAAGUACGUGAAACGAAAUCCAAUCUUCAUGAAUUUUGACAUGCAUGCUGCACAGGCUACAAAUUCGAGGUCACAUUUUGAAGGCUUUUAUUCAAAUGCACCCAUCUUUGUUUCCCAGUCGCCAAUGGAAUGGCACGGGUGCCCCCUGGUGGCCACAGAGCUGGGCCGCCGACGCUGCUAAGCGCGAGACUGGAUUUAUUGUGUCUUUUUUUUUGUCUCCGACCUUUUUGUUUUUUAAACUGAAAACUUGAAAAACGCCUUUGAGAUAUUUGUAUUGAAAUCAGGGGGUGCUUUCUCAGAUUUCCCUUCUAUGUACACGGAGCACCUUUUGCAGUGCACCUCCGUGAGGGGAGUCUGAGGGGCUGCCUGUGGGAAGGAGGAGGCAGAGCAUAUGAUAAGAACUGGGGGCCUUUUGCCCAGAAAUCCCUUCUUGAAACAGAAACGCUGGCUGCAAGACUGGGUGGGGCAGCUUUGAUCACACGAGUUACUAUGCCAGUGAAAGACUGAUCAAACCAGAGAGCAUUGCUUCCAAGGCCCAGGAUGGGUGCCAGAGAGGGGGUGGAGAAUGGCAGGGCGGUGAGAUGGCAUCUAUGCAGCAAUUAACUUCUUUUCAGCUGGUUUCAGAAGUGUCACCGGCACAGCUGGACUCUUCCUUUCAAUCCCAUUGUGAUCAUUGUGAGUUCCCCAUAUGCUACAUUGUCUCAGCAAGGCAAACUCCUCACAGCCUGCUGAGAUUAAAGAGCAAUAAAUAGGUGAACUGAAGCAUGAUGGAUCUAGGCUAGACAUAAAGAACUAUUUCCUGUCGUUGAACUGGAGGGACACGCUGCCAAGAAAGUUUGCAAAAUUCUCUUCUCAAAGGACUUGAAAAGAAGAAACAUUUUCCCAGUAGUCUGCAGUUUUAUUUAACUGCUACACACUUGGGCUCUUUCUAAACCAAUUAAUUCUUUAAAUGCACUGUCUGGCCUGCCGCAAACAUGGGGUUAACAGUGUGGCCUGACUGUUCGCUAUUGGCAAAGGUUUCAAAGGUGGUGCGCAUCUGUUGCCCACAUCAAUCUCUCUGAAGGCUGUAAUUUCUUUUCGCUGGGAAUAAGUAGCCAGAGACCUGAAGAGGUGAUUACUUCUCAGAAUGCGUGCGCUGAGUGGAGGGGGCUGGUGGCUGUUGAGUGUGCUUUCCCCACAUUGUUGCUGGUGUUUUUCAAUAAAAUUUAUAUUCAUUUUUAUCCAACAA